GUCAACUUUGUUCAUCGUGUUCGCGGCGCUCGGCCGGUCGUGGCCCUUGCAUAUUGUUUACAACUACAUUCUCGCUACCAAACAUGCCUGCCUAACAUAAUUUAAACAAAAAAUGGACGUGUUCAAGUUACAAAACGAAUAUCAUUAGCAAGUGUUGCAAUUUUAUGUGAUAAAGUGCGUUAAAAUGUGCGUGAUUCGUUCGUUUUUGCUGGUUAUGCUCCUUCUAUCCGAUUUUGAACAGUCAUUUGGAGCAGAAGUGGCGCCUCACCAUUCAUCUCACAAGAUCCGUGCCCACAAGUCGAGUAGAAGGCACCGUGCUAUCAAUGAUGGCGAGCUGCGCUUCGAGCCGGAGCCGUACAGCAAGAAAUUGAAAUUGAACACAUCUGGGAAAAUACAUUGCAAAGUCGCUGGCGGCAUUGCUCCUACCGUACAAUGGUUUUUGAACGACGAGGAUCCUUUACCAGAAGGAGUGACAUCAGCCAACGGCACUCUGAUGGUGGCUGAUGCUGAGAGACGGCACUCCGGACAGUAUACUUGCAAGGCAGUCGACGGCGAUAAGUCUAUCACGUCGAAGAUUCAUCUGGAUGUUGUGGUAACCCCCCGCGUGCUGGAACCGACUCCUGGACAACAGUUGCACGUGACCCUGGGUCAGACAGCAGCUCUGCAUUGUCGGGCGACGGGCGACCCACCUCCUACUACGCACUGGGAUAGAAACCUUGCUAUAUUGGGGAAACCACAAGACGGAGUAGAUUUAGAAGACAGUGCCAAUGCUACGACAGCGAGACUAGUGCUAAUGAAUAACGGCACUCUCCUGAUCCGCAACGUGUCUGCGCCGGACGCGGACCGGUACGGCUGCACGGCCGGCAGCGCCGCCGGACUCGACCGGAACGAGCUCGUGCUUGUCGUGCAUCAAGAAGGAGAGCUCCUCCCCCAGGAGUCGAGCGGCGUGGCGGGCAAGGCGGUGGUGGUCUCCAUCUCCGUGGCCGGGGCCUACAUGGUGCUGGUGCUGGCGCUCAUGCUGUACUGUCGUCGAAGAAGGCUCAGGAGACGACAGAGAGGAGAGAAGAUGGAGUUAGAAAUGACAGAAGGCAGAGAGAAGUUAGUAGAAGAUGGGGAAGAAGAUAAGCAGAAAGUGAACGGAGCUGCCUUGCAGAACGGGAGAUUAUUAGCCCAUGACAAGGAUAGUGGUGCAGACAAUUCAGAGGUGUCCGGAAUAUCUCGCGCUUCGAAGAAAUCCGGACAGUUCGAACAUCUGUCCAUUCCGAGAUCACUGCUCGUUGAACAGAUUACACUUGGUCGUGGUGAAUUCGGAGAAGUACUUCUGGCCAAGAUCGACAUGAGUCAAGUGAACAAACUCCGCAAUAAAGAGAGCUUGGAUGACGCGGAGCCCACGCUGCGUCCUGUGCUUGUUAAAGCGCUCACUACUAAAGAUGAGGUACAACUAGCGGAGUUCCGUCGCCAGUUAGACUUGUUCUCGCGCGUGCGACACGACAACAUCGUGCGACUGGUGGGGCUGUGCAGCGACGCCGACCCGCACUACAUGCUGCUCGAACAUACUGACUGGGGUGAACUAAAAAAGUUUCUAAUCGCGACCCGCUCUCCGGAAGAGAACGCGGAGUACACCUUGCGCGUGGGCGCCGCGCACGCGCCGCCCGCGCCGCGCCGCGCCUGCGCGCCGCUCGCGCCGCAGCACCGCGCGCUGCUCGCCGCGCAUCUCGCCGCGGCCGCCGCUAAGUGUGCCGCUGUGAGGUUCACGCAUAGGUAUGUGCUGAUUGCGCCGCUCGCGCCGCAGCACCGCGCGCUGCUCGCCGCGCAUCUCGCCGCGGCCGCCGCUAAGUGUGCCGCUGUGAGGUUCACGCAUAGGUAUGUGCUGAUUGCGCCGCUCGCGCCGCAGCACCGCGCGCUGCUCGCCGCGCAUCUCGCCGCGGCCGCCGCUAAGUGUGCCGCUGUGAGGUUCACGCAUAGAGACAUAGCGGCGCGUAACUGCGUGAUCACGUCUAAGCUACAGCUGAAGCUGUCGUACCCGGCUCUCACGCGCGGACCCGACUCGCAUGAGUACUUCAAGCUGCAUGAACAGGUGAUUCCCCUGCGCUGGUUGCCACCAGAAGCAGUGUUGGAAGGCGACUACUCCACCAAGUCUGACGUUUAUAUGUUCGCUGUCACCGUGUGGGAGAUCUACACAAAAGCAGAGCUGCCCUUUGCGAAGUUGAACGACAACUCGGUGCUGGAGCGCGUGAAGACCGGCGCCUUGGAGUGGACCAUACCCGAGUGCAUGCCUGCAGCUAUGGGGGAAUUACUUAAACGUUGUUGGAGCAAGUCCCCGGCCGACCGGCCUCAGUUCACAGAGAUCUACGACGAGCUGACCACCAUACUGCAGGACAUUACUUCCGAGACCACUUCGCAGAAAUCACAGGAAAAAGUCGAUGAGUAGAAGGUUAGUAGUUAGGAGAUGGUACCUACAGGACUGGUUCAACGGCUCUAAAAAGUAUGUAAAGACGUUUUAGAACAUCAUUUUUGGGUAAAAACAACUUUUCUAUCCUAUACAUAAAAUUAUUUGAUUACAUUUCAAGUAUUAAAAUUGUUUACAUAACAAUCGUUUGUAAAAAAAAAACUGUACAGGUCAUAGAAGAAAUUGUUGCAUUUUUUUCCGGGUGUGUUGUGUACCAAAAAACAAUUUGGUUGAUGAUGAAAUUGUGUUAUGUAUGAACAUUUUAACUAAAACUUUUGACACUGCCUAAACGACAAACUCAAAAGUAUUUCGAAGACGUAUGUGUUUUUAUAAAUAUUUUGAUGCCAUCGUAAAAAUGGUCUGUAUUGGGACAUUGCAAUGACGAACAGAUAGACAACUAAAUUAUAGUUUUUAGUGUAACUAUUAGACGUAACUAUAGUGAAAAUAUAUAGCCAUUUCGAUGCAUUUACUAUUUCAAGUGUAGGUUAAGUUAAUUUUAGUUAAACUAGGAUUUAGAUAGUUUUAGUGAUUUUUGGGGGAUUAAUGUGUUUUUAGAAGAUUAAUUUCUGGUAUAUUUUUUUUAAUAAAAUUACUGAACUAAAUCCUUCAUAUUGCUCAAACUACUUUUAAAUUGAACACUAAAAAGGUAAAUAGACUGAAUAAUUAUUUUUAUUUUAUAUCACGUAAUUUUGUACUCCUUUAAGAUAAAUGGUUAAAAUAACAUAAAGUAAUAUAAAAUUCCACAUAAAUUUUGAAAUAAUUUUAAACUAAAUACUGGGUCCUAAUUUUCUAUAUCCCUAAUCUCUUAAUAUUUACAUUACUCCCCAAAAAUCAACCCAGCCCGAAGGCUUGUCUAUACAUAUAUUUUAAAAAAUCGGAAGCUAAACGAUACUGCCAUUUGUAAAUAAAAAAUACUAGAAUUUAAGACUGAAUAUAUACUUAUGUAAUCAAACUUAGUUGUAAAAUAUGUUAUAUCGUCCGAAAUUGAUAUAAUUCGUCCUGAUUGAAUCGAAAUUUUAGGAUUAGAGUAUUUUAAGAUACAUUGCCGGAUAUGUGAUCUCGUUUUGAAGAUGAAUCAGGCUUUUAGAGGUAAAUAGUGCUAUUAUAUUAAGUUUAAAUAAACAAAUUAAUAAUUAUUAUAAAGACAAACAAUACAGUUGAGAAUUCAUUUUUCCUCGUAUUUCCCAUUUGUGUUGUAAUUUACGUAACUAAAAUGAUUGUGCUGCAAAGUUCAUUAGGUAUUUUACUUAAAAUAUUUUUUCUUUAAUUUAAUAUAUAAAAUAUUUUAGGCCCUAUUCAAUCGAAAAAAUAAAUAAAGGCUUAUAGCACCAUUUACCUUAAAAAAAACAAUUUAAGUAAAUAGGUAGGUAUGUCUUGUAUUUAGUAAAAUAUAAAUCUUAAGAAAGCUUCGAUCAAACAAUGAAUUAGUUAAAUGUAAAAAAAUAAGAUUUCCGAUCUCGGAAUGUAAGGUGAAAGUCCCAGUUAUCGUCUGUAAAAAAUAAUUAAUUAUGUAAUGAAUUUGUCGGCCAAUCGGCUUCGCUCGACUUUUCUAUUUAAUUUUGUACAUUUUAAGCGAACAGUGACCAGAUACUGCAUUUAUAGUUUUAAGAUAAUCUAGGUUUUAUGCUAAUCUCAAAAAUAAUUGAAAAUCUCAAUGUAGUUUUUAGUUUUUGUGAAUAAUAAGACUGUUUUUUUAUUUAAGAGUCUCAAUUUAAAGUUUGCGGUGCGAACUUUGCAUUUUUGUAGGAGAAAAGGCAACUAAUAUUAUUAAGUAGUUAUUUAUAAGACUUUAUAUUGCUAAGUGUAAUUUUAGGUAUUUUUAUCGUGAUUAUUUCUUACAUUUUUGAAUCAUAUAGAAAGCACAUUUUGAAAAUAUCUGUUCAAUCAUUUCUUGAUUGAUAGCCAUACGUAACUGUCUUCGUGUAAUAUCGCCAAAAUAUAACUAAAUUGUCGUGUUGAGAACUUUCUUUGGAAGUGGUUAAUAAUAGUAGCACAGUGGUUCUAUGUUGUAGUAUUAUUUUUUAUGAAGUUAGCUGUAGAAAACUAAUUUUUAGGGUUUAUAAUUAAUAUGUGUAGCUUUUUAUAACUAACUAGUUAUAGUUACAGUUAAAAACUGAUGUAGUUUUCUUAAGCUUAGUGCCAGAUUUAGAUUUAAAAUGUGUAUCUAUUUAAGAUCUCCUUUUUUGUAACUUUUUUAUAAAAUUUAGAAUUUCAAUGAUGCCUAUAUUUUUAAUCUGUUUGUUUUACUGAACCCCAAAAUUUAUAAAAGUUUUUUUCUUACUAAAAGCCUUUUGCAAUGUUGUGUCGUACAUGUAACUUUUGUCUAUCAAAAAAAUAUAUAAUAAAAACUGAUAAACUUAAAAACAGAAUUUUGGAUGUUUUGGAUAUUGAAAUAAAAUACUAAUUGUAAAAUAUCGAAAAAAAAAACAUUUUAACUUAUAUAGCAUUUGCUUUAAUUUUUAUUUUACUGUCUAAAGAGUUCUUGAUACUUGCGCAGGAAUUUUGUAAAUUAAAUGACUAAUUUUCAGUUUUUUAUACUAGCUAAAUGGCAAGAAAGUCUUCAUAAAUUAGCUCAAAAAUCUGUGAGCUUUAUUAAUAUUGUGUAAAAAAACAUAAUUCGUGACAGGUUUCUACGCAAGUAUCAACAUUUUUAAGACUUAGUGAAAAGCAAAAUCGUUUAGUGAGAUAAGUCAUAUUUAUCGUCAAUAUUUUAUUUUUUCUUAUUCGUAUGUGAUAUCGACUGACUUUUCAUGUUCUUAUUUUAAUAUACAAACCUAGCUUUACAUGUGUAUUUUACUAAGAUAUUAUUUAAAGGACUUGUGUAAGUUUAUCGAGUCGAUAAAUGUGUAUUGAUGAACAUGCACAUUUAUCGAUAUCGAUAAAACAUUUGUGUAAUUUGUAAAUGAAAGAAAAUUUUGCAUUUGCGAUUUUUAAUAAACGUAAUUAUAAUAAAA